AUGGGUAUCCCAAAAUUCUUCAGAUAUAUCUCAGAGAGAUGGCCAAUGAUUUUACAAUUAAUUGAAGGUACUCAAAUCCCAGAAUUUGAUAACUUGUACCUUGAUAUGAAUUCCAUUUUACAUACGUGUACGCAUGGUAACGAUGAUGACGUCACCAAACGAAUGACAGAAGAAGAAGUGUUUGCCAAAAUCUUCACGUAUAUUGAUCAUCUUUUCCAAACUAUUAAACCUAAAAAAGUGUUCUAUAUGGCUAUUGAUGGGGUUGCACCCCGUGCCAAGAUGAAUCAACAAAGAUCCCGUAGAUUUAGAACAGCAAUGGAUGCAGAGAACGCUUUACAGAAGGCAUUGGAGAAUGGUGAAGAGAUCCCAAAGGGUGAACCAUUCGAUUCCAAUUCUAUCACGCCAGGGACAGAAUUUAUGGCUAAAUUGACUAAAAAUUUAAAAUAUUUCAUACAUGAGAAGAUUUCUAAUGAUGCUCAAUGGAGAGAAGUAGAGAUUAUAUUUUCGGGUCAUGAAGCUCCAGGGGAAGGUGAACAUAAGAUAAUGGAUUUCAUUAGAACUUUAAGAGCUCAAAAGGGUUUUGAUCAUAAUACAAGACAUUGUAUCUAUGGGUUAGAUGCAGAUCUUAUAAUAUUGGGGUUGUCUACUCAUGCUCCUCAUUUCGCCCUACUAAGAGAAGAAGUCGUUUUUGGGAGGAGGAAUCCAAAUCAAGCCAAGACUUUAGAAAAUCAAAACUUUUAUUUGUUACAUCUUUCAUUAUUACGAGAAUAUAUGGAAUUAGAAUUUAAAGAAAUUGCUGAUGAAAUGCAAUUUGAAUUUGAUUUUGAAAGAGUCUUGGACGAUUUCGUUUUAGUCAUGUUCGUCAUUGGUAAUGAUUUCUUACCAAAUUUACCAGAUUUACAUCUUAAUAAAGGUGCCUUCGUCGUCCUUUUACAAACAUUUAAAGAAGCAUUAUUACAUUCAGAUGGUUACAUUAAUGAACAUGGUAAAAUUAAUUUAGAAAGACUUAGAGUUUGGUUACAAUAUUUAUCCCAAUUCGAACUAAUGAAUUUCGAAAAAAAUGAUAUUGAUGUCGAAUGGUUUAAUCAACAAUUAGAAAAUAUCUCUUUGGAGGGUGAAAGGAAAAGAGCGCGUAUAGGUAAAAAACUACUAAUUAAACAACAAAAGAAAAUUGUAGGGAUGGUUAAGCCAUGGAUUAUCAAAGAAAUGUCUGAAAAGAUUCCUAUUGGUACACCAGAUGAACAAAUCCCAACUUUACCAUUAACUAAUGAAAAUAUUGUUGAGAAUUUAGAUUUCCUUAAAAAAUUUGCAUUUGAUCUGGGUUUAAUAGUGGUACAUUCUAAAUCAAAGGACACAUAUUCUCUUAGAAUUGAUUUAGACGGAUUUGAUGCAUCAGAAUCUGAAGAAGAACAUGUCAAACGUCUGUCGUCCUUGAGAAAAACAAUUAAAUCAUACCAACAAGCAGUUCUCGUAGAGGAUGCUGAUGAACUUCAAAGAGAGCAAGAUCUUUAUAAUACGAGAUUUGAAAGUUGGAAAAAAGACUACUAUAAAGAUAAACUUGGGUUUAAGGCAGAUAUUGAAGAAAAUAUUACCAAACUUACCAAAAAUUACGUAGAAGGUUUACAAUGGGUUCUGUAUUAUUAUUACAGAGGUUGUCCAUCAUGGGGAUGGUAUUACCGUUAUCAUUAUGCUCCACGUAUUUCUGAUUUAGAGAAAGGUUUAGAUCAAGUUAUUGAGUUCGCCAAAGAUAAUCCUUUCAAACCGUUUGAACAAUUAAUGUCAGUGCUCCCAGAAAGAUCAAAAAAUUUAAUACCUCCUGUUUUAAGACCAUUAAUGUAUGACCCAAAAUCUCCAAUAUUGGAUUUCUAUCCAACAGAAGUUAAAUUGGAUAAAAAUGGUAAGACUGCAGAUUGGGAAGCAGUGGUGCUAUUGCCCUUUGUUGAUGAAACUAGAUUAAUAGACGCAAUGAAACCAUAUCUUUCGAAAUUAUCGCCGGAGGAAAAGGCAAGAAAUUCCUUUGGUAAACCUUUGACCUUUACUUUCAAUCCGCAAGUUGAUCUUGUUUACAAGAGUCCAUUAAGUGGUCUCUUUUCUGACCUUGAACAUGAUCAUUGUGUAGAAAAAGAAUAUUCUCAGCCCUCGAUGGAAGGUUUAAAUUUCAUUUAUGGACUAUUACCCAAGGCUAAGACCGGAACAGAACUAUUGGCUGGGUUCCCAACAUUACUGACGCUACCAUUCAAAUAUCAAUUAGAAUAUAAUGAGAGUCUUGUUUUUCAGCAACCGUCGAGACAACAAUCUAUGGUAUUACACAUGGAUGAUAUUUACGAGGAAAACAAUUUAACCUUGGAAGAACUAUCCAAAAGGUAUAUAGGUCGGAUCAUCUACACUAGAUGGCCAUACUUAAGAGAAUCUAAAUUGAUUGGACUAAUGAAUGAAGAGACUGUUUAUGAAAGAAAAGAACACAUCGAUGCGGACAAGAAGAGACAUCACACAAGAAUAAAAAGAUCUGCAGAUAAUGCGGACAAAAAACUAUUUAAUUCCUUGAAGAAAUCAAUGUUAAGAAAUUACUCUAAACAGAAAGCUGUUAUUUUAGACGAUAUUAGAGCAAUUGUGAAAGUUCUCCCAGUGGUCGGUUUAACUAGAACGGAGAAUGGUGCCUUUGUGAAGAAUUAUGCUUCACAACCUGAUUACUACCCAUUACAAUUGAUGGUAGAAUCAAUCUCAAAUAAGGAUGAAAGGUAUAUCGAAAAACCACCUUUACCAAUUAAAGAAGAAUUCCCUGAAGGCUCUCAUGCAAUCUUUUUAGGUGAUUAUGCAUAUGGUGGAGAAGUAAUAAUCGAUGGCUACAAUAAUGAGAAAAGAUUGAAAAUAACUGUGAAGAAACGCUCUGUUAAAGCUGAACCAACUAUCGGGAAAGAAAGAGCUCAGCAAGAUCGUAAUUUAGUCCAAUAUAUUCCAUCCUUUUUAAUUGCCAAAAAAUUGGGCAUGCAUCCACUGCUUUUAUCUAGGUUGACAUCGAAGUUUAUGGUUGCCGACGGCAAUGGAAGGCAUAUUAAUGUCGGUAUCCCUGUCAAAUUUGAAGCCAAGCAUGAAAAAGUCUUGGGAUAUGCAAGGAAGGGUACCAGAGGUUGGGAAUAUUCUAAUCUAACUAUUCAAUUAAUAACCGAAUAUAAAAGUCGAUUCCCUCACUUUUUUGAAAAAUUGGCUAAAGUUGGUAAUGGUAUUCCGAUCUUUGAAGAUUUAUAUCCAGAUUUGUCAAGCUCUGAAACCUCUAAAAUGUUAGAUCAAAUCAAAGCUUGGGUGAAAUUUGCUACAGAAAAAUUUGUUGUUGUAUCUAUUGAAAGUGAUUCCUUAACUAAGUCAUCUAUUAUUGCCGUAGAAGAAGUGAUACAACACUAUUCUAUGUUGCCAUUACAUCCAGAGAAGAAGCAAUUGGCCAAUGUUCCGCGUCAAGCUAUUUUAAGUCCAAGAUCCUCCUUAGGAUUACUACGUACUCAAAAAUUUGAAUUAGGUGAUAGAGUGAUGUAUGUUCAAGAUUCUGGGAAAGUCCCAUUAUUUUCGAAAGGUACGGUUGUUGGGUAUACGACUUUAGGUUUGAAUUUAUCCAUUCAAGUGCUAUUUGAUCAUGAAAUUGUUGCCGGUAACACCUUUGGUGGUAGGUUAAGAACUAAGAGAGGGUUAGGUUUAGAUGCCUCGUUCUUAUUGAAUUUAACAAAUAAGCAACUAGUUUAUCACUCAAAGGCAUCGAAGAAAGUCGCCGAAAAUAAGACAACACGAAAGCAUGUAAAACCUACUAAUAUUCCAAAUGUUCAAAAAAAUAACAAAGAAAAAGUUGAUGAUAUCAGGAAGAAACAAGCUCAUGACCUCUUGUCUAUUAUUAAGAAAUCCGACGGUCAUAAUGAAGUAAAUGCUACGGUUCAGGAGGAUAAUAAUUCUGUAAGUGUUCCUGGUGAUACUGAAACAACUACUACUGUUACGUCUAUCGGUUCAACUGAAACAAAGAAAAUUGAUGGAGUAAAAGAUAUAGUUUUACCGCCUAAUACGAAUGUGGCAAAUUCUAUUUUCAAUGCUGUUUUACAUCAAUAUGACCCGCAGACUAAUGUUGCACCUGUGGCUCCAAUUGCUCCCGUUAAUAAUAACACUGCACCAAUGCCUGGUUUACCUUAUAAUAUGCCAGAAGGUUUUGCCACUAAUGGUCUACCACCAAUGGGUCACCCUAACAUGGGGGUACCAAUUGGUCCUCCCCAUAUAUAUAACGGGAGUAUGAUUCCUCAAAUGAAUAAUAUGCAAUUGCAUCCUCAGAUGUAUCAUGGUGCGGUAAAUAUGGUUCCAGUAGCCCAAGAAGAUAGUGCUAAACUAACAAAUCUUAUUAAAGGUAACAAGAAUACAAGUGAUAAACAAAUGAAGUCAAAAGCUAAGGAAGUAGCCAGUAAGCGAAGCAAAAAGCCAUCAUCAUCGAAAUCGACGAUCGUAAAUGGGAAAGAUAACUCCGCCUCUACCAAGAAUUCGGUGUCUGGAGAUAAAAAAAAAAAUGAAACUAACAAAUCUAAGCCUGUGAAGACAUCUGAUGGCAAGAUUAAAAUUAAAGGGAGGCCAAACUCUUCAAAAUCCAUUACGAAGCCAGCGGUUCAGUCUGAAGGUAAGUGA